AUGAUGAAAUCUCAUCGCGACCAGGUUACAAAUGAACUUCAAGAAAUUCAACAAAUCUACGCUAGUUACUGUCGCAGUUUGGAAACAAGUGAGAAUAUAAUAAGUGUUUGUGAGCGAGAGCGGGAACGCAUUGGCGGCGAUCUACGGAAAUUGAAAACUGGCAUAACCAAGAUGAAAGAGAAGCAGACUUCACUCGAAAAUACAGCUCUAAAGAAAAAUCUGGAAAUACAGAGUGCAAAGCGAAAAAUGAACAUUGACGCCCAAACGCUGGAGCUGUGGAUGGACGAAAAUGAACGUAAAAGUGACGAUAUUGUUGCAAUCAACAAAUAUCAUCACAUGGAUGAUAGAUUAAUCAAGGAGCUGUCGCUCAGCCUUGAAAAGGUUACGACUGAGUACCAUCGGAAGAAGAGCUUGUUGACAAAGGGGCGAAUUGAACUGGAAAUGCAUGAAGUUUCGAUCGAAAAAAUGGGCCAAUCUCAACGCGACGCUGUGAAGGAACGACAGAAUGUGCUUGUGCACUGGGAGAAGACAGUUGAACAUUGUGGAAAGCGUGAGAAAGAAGUGGAAAAAUUAGCACAGCACUAUGGAGACCUGCUGGAGAAAUUAAAUUCCGACAAAGCAAUCUGCAGAGAAAAAACUGCUUUCCUGGCCUCGCAACAAGAGAAUAACAAGGAAGCGCAAAGAAAAAUCGAGCGUAACGAAAAGAUCAUCUUAGGACUUAGACAGGAAAUUUCCAGGAUCAAGAUGGAAAUGGAGGAAUUGGAGAAAGAGGCAAGCAAAUUGGAAGAUUUGGCUCAACAAUCUGAUAUUCUGCAGCAACGCUUGUUGGUAAUCACUGACAGUAAAAUGACGGCAGAACAAAUGAUGCUCGAGGCUGAAAAGCAAUUCCAACAGGAGGAGGGCUAUAAGGCCGAACUCAGUAGGAUUCUUGCUACCCUGAGAAAGGAGCACUAUGAGAUUAAGAAUACCCUACGUGCCGCUACGGAAGAAAAACGACUUACACAAACAUCAAUCGACAGUGGAUUAUCAGCACUGAGGAACUUAGAAAACACGGUGUCGAAAUUAAACGAGGAAACGCGCCGUCAGCAAGAUAUAAAAUACAGUUUGGUAAGUCACAAACAUUAUUUGAAAUUUUUUCUGUACCUUCAUUUUUCUGCAAUAAGAGUUUUUACUUUACCAUUACGGCAAAUUCAGUCGGCUAAGGAAUGCCGACUUACUGAAUUACAAUUAUUUUGGGCGGGACAUCACAAACUAGGAUAA